CUUUCCCCUUGCCGCGUGGGUCCAAGAUACCUCUUCUGUGAUACCAGAUCUUACUUCCGAUCAAAACUUUCCUUUGUGUGCAUGCGCUGGCCUUUUCUCCUCCUUUGGAUGGUCUUCCCGGACUCGGAUGGGCCUAUCACGAACGCAGAAACUUAUAUCUCAUGUAGAGACGUACAUAAUUUUAGUCGAAAUUUAUUGUUUAAUUCAAUCGCAGCGUUGAUCUUAGAGCAAGCGGGUUACAUCUCGAUGAAGCGGAGCGAUGAUGUUGAUGUGAUGAGGGGAGUGUUUGGGUAUCAUUGAUUUAAAUAUAUUCCCGCGACGUCGUCGUGCUAAUCAAGACAGACGUGUGAGAUUUUUCGCAUUCUGAUCCACAGUCUUACUAACGUCCGUUUCCUUCAUUCCAUUCAUCAAAC